AUGUUUGGACUGCCUGUCUCGGUCGCGUGCCUUGGGGUGCGAAGCGCAUGGGCCGCGCUGAUCGAUAAUGCUGCGACUCCUCGCACGUCUCGCUCCCGGACAGCAUCGCAGCCCAAGGGGACGUCGUCGCCAUCCUUUCGCCGCACCACACUGGGCACUGACAGUAGUGCACAGAAAAUACCAGCUAUUAUGCAGGAUACAGCGCCAUGUAUCUGGCGACGCCCGCAACUCUAUUCGCGGCCGCCUGGCCGACCCUUCAUUAUCCCACAGACUCGGUGGCGUGGUUUCACAGCCUUGCAAGCUGGCCCGGGCCCUCACAUUGAGCGCCGGCUAAUAACAGCAGCGUAUUGGCAGGCGGGGAUGUCUGUCAUCGCACACGGUCCCGCGCUCGACUGGGCUCCAUGGUCCGUCCAGGUGUGCCCAAUGCGACAGCCUCGCGACCAACGGGCAAUGUGA